AUAUGACGCAAGAACACAGUUUGUCAAACCUUUCGUGUAUGAAUCUGUAUCAAUAGAGAUUUUUGCAUAAACUUGCGUCUUCAGAGACUCGCGUUGAUGCAAAUUCACACACAGAACGGUUAGUGAAUAUCUCUUGCUCAUUUCCUACUUCAAGUAGUUAGCUACAAAAGUGCCAUCUACUCUGAUGACUAUAAACGAAAAAUAUUUAAUAAUAUCUUAUAAACUAUAAGAAAUUUGCAAAAUUUAGGAUUUCAGCAAUAGCUUUCUAUCGCUUUGAUGAAUUGAAAAUUCAAAAUUUUACCUUUGACGAAUAAUUGUGCUUUUGCGCCAUUUAUUUUGGGCUAACAGAAUACUUCUUGCUGAAAAAAGCUUUUGCCUAUUCAGACCAUUUUUAAUGAAACUAUAUGAAUGGUGCCUUUUAUUAAUGUAUUAUUUAGAUGGAUUUACUCCCGAAGAAUAUAAAGGAACUGAGUCAUCCGCUAUGAAAAUUUUUGCGAAAGAAGUAAACGCUACAUACAAAUUUAUUAUAAAUGAUCAAGACUAUUGGGGAGAUAUUUUUGAAAAUUUUACCGGAAAUGGAUUACUAGGGAUGAUAGCUGAUGAUACAGUUGAUAUAGCAUUUGCUGCUAUGGGCCAUUGGGGGAAACUGCACCCUUAUGUAGAUUUUUCGGUGACAUUUGUAAGAUCAGGAGUCACAUGUAUUGUACCAGCACCUCUGUUAGCAGCAGGUUGGCUUACACCCUGGUAUUCAUAUUCUAAUAGUAUGUGGGCACUGGUUGGUGCUAGUUUUUUUACUUGCAUUGUUGUGCACUUUAUCAUGUCUAUGCUAAAAACUAAAAUGCUUAUUGGCAGUUCAAUGGAUAUGACUAAGAAGUCAUUUGGUAAUUCCAUUCUAGUAGUGGUAAAAAUAUUUCUCGUUCAAUUUGUCGAUGAUGUCGAUUCACCUCCAGGAAGAUAUGGGACGUUAUUUAUGGGAUUACUUUUUAUGUAUAGUCUUUUUCUGUCCAGCACCUACAGUAGUGGAUUAGCUGCAGUUAUGACAUUACCCAGAUAUGAUCAUCCUAUAGAAACAGUGCAAGAUUUAUUGGAUAGUGGUAUUCCGUGGGUUGCGCCCCACGAAGUUUGGAUUUAUUCUAUAUCAACUUCCGAAGUGCCUGUAUUUAAGGCAAUUAUAAAAGCGUUUUUGGCAGAACCAUCAGAAGAAAAAAUGCGAGAAUAUUCUAAAACACGUGACUACACUUUUGCUUUAGAGAGAUUACCACAAGGUGCAUACGGUUUUCCCUCAUAUAUUCAUGAAGACAUAAUUGAAAACUUUAAACUUCUUAAAGAAGAUUUGUACUAUGAACAACUUGUGGUUAUCGUAAGGAAAAGUUCAGUAUUAAUCCCAGUUUUGAACAAAUAUCUUUCAACGGUUUAUGAAACAGGCCUUAUCGCCUAUUGGCAAAGUGAGGCAGUGCUUCUGUUUGGAAAUACACAUAUGUCAAGAGCUGUACAAAGCAACACGCGAACUAGUACGAUUGGUAAAUUAAAAUGGACUCACGUAGAAGGAGCAUUUGGUGUGUUAAUAUUUGGACAGUUAAUAGGGUUUCUAGUGUUCCUAUUUGAACUUGGAGCUGCUUGGUAUAAAACUGGCAAAGAAACUAUCAAAGACAAAGAUAAUCAAAAUCGAAUGAGAGAAAUUUACUCAGAUGAUUUAUUGGAUACAACCAUUAGAAAGCUACAGUAAAAUAUUUAAUGUUAUAUAGUAAAGAAAACGUAUUAAAUUAUAUAAGGGCACCUAGUAAAAAUGUUAUAAAUACACCAAUAAAGCAGCAUUG